ACAGGGUAAUGUCACAGGUGAGAACGCACGGUGACAUCGGCAACACGUUUACUUUUCCCACAUCGUUAGGAUUUCAAUAUACAGGCGAAAGGACCUCGAGCGCGACCUGUCAGAUACCCGCACCUGUGAGGGGCAUCUGUGUACAGGCUGUCCGAGCCCUCUUGUGCCAAAAUAAAUUGACUACUUGAAACGCGACGCAAUGUUUGGAGUGAUGCAUCCAGGUAGGAAGUACUCCCCGACGCAAUAUCUUGCAGGGGUAGCGCCGUUAACGCUGUCUACGGCGAACGCGCUGCCAAAUUCGCAGGUGGACAAGGAGUUGGAAAAUACAGCGAAAAUGUCCCCGCCGCCAAAUGCCAAGACGCGAAAUCCGAAAGUGAAGGGCAUGAGAGCGGGAAAGAGGCACUCUUCCCCGGCUCGGAGCGUGGAGACAGCCGAAGCUACGAGUAAUGAGUUGCACCACGAAAUGGCACUCAACCCUGCCGAGAAGGGAGGCGCGGCACCCCGCAGCAGGAAAAGGGGUUACCGGCCUCCUGACGUAAGGACAAUAUUCGAACCCUCUGAAAAAGACCCGAGGGUUCCAGAGGAAAAGGGCGAAGGGCAUUCAUUUUUGCCCGAUGUGUCGGGCGGGUGGUGCGACCUGUGCUGCCACUACAUCCUCGAAAAUCGCCUUACAUGUACAGGCUGUAAGUACACCUGUCACUCCCAGUGUCGUAGUCGAGUCUCCCUGAAUUGCCAUCAGAGCGGACCUGCCACCGACACCCCUUUCAGCGGCCACACAGAGGACCACCUCAACAACAAUCGCAGCCCGCUGGUGGAUGUUGAGAAGGAGAGAGAGCUUCGCACUCACCUCAGCCGGGAGGAGAUCCGCCACAAGGUCGAGCUGUACAACUCCUCCGUCAGGGACCACCUGAAAAUGACCCUGCACGCGAAUGGCCAGUACACGGGGUUCAUCAAGGUCCAGCUGGAGCUGCACCGGCCAAUCACGGUGCGAGGCGGCGGCGGCGGCGGCGGGGCAGGCCCGGCCGGGACGCACCCCGGCAACAACAACAAGGGGGAGGAGGCCUUCUACCUGCCGCGGGGCGCCGUCAACACCCUGCACAUCAGCAGCUCCAACACCGUGCGGCAGGUGAUCGAGGCCCUGCUGCUGAAGUUCACCGUGGCCGACAACCCCGCCAAAUUUGCCCUGUUCAAGCGCUACCGUCGAGAGGACCAAGUGUACGUGUGUAAGCUGGCGGAGGAGGAGCACCCCCUGUUCCUGCGUCUGGUGGCAGGGCCCAACACGGACACGCUGAGUUUCGUGCUGAGGGAGCAGCAGACCGGGGAGGUCAUGUGGGAUGCUUUCUCCAUACCUGAGCUCCACAACUUCUUGCGCAUCCUUGACAAGGAAGAGGACGACCAGGUGCAGAUUCUCACCAAGCGCUACGCCAACUACAGACAGAAACUCGAGGAGGCCCUGAGGGCAGUGGGGAACCAUGGGUAACAGGCACCUGUGCAGAGGGAAAGAAGGAGAGAGAGCACUGUAGGACCUGAGCCAGCCUGUGGGUCACUCACAAGGACUGGCAGACAAAGACUGCUGGACUUUGGACUGCCUCUUGAGAAAUGUGUGCAAUGCACAGGAUGAACACAAGGGGGAGGUGUUUCUGUGGUGGCAAGGUGCUUCCACCACUUGGGACUUUAUCUUUUUUGAAAUGGUGUCGGGGGGUCGGUCACCUUCGGGAUACGCCACGCACCUUUCCCACAGUGCACGGUGGCUGCCAUGUUCACAUAUGCGCCCUCUAUCACUCUCUCCGCCUGUCUUCAACUUUUCUUUGUUUUAUUUUUGUUGGUUACCUCUUUCAAACAUGUGAAUGAUUCAAGAGGAACCUUGAAUCAGUUUUAUGUAACUAUUAUUUAAUUAAUGGAUGAAAUGGUUUGUAAAUAUUUUUUUUUCUCCUUUUAAUUUUAAUUUAUGUGGUUGAAGCUUUAUGCAUUUUACUUUCAUGGUUUUAUUUUAUUUUAUUUUAUUUUUAUUUCCCGGGGCAUCGAAGCAAUGGUAAUAGGGGAAAGAGCCGUACAUAGUCAUUUAUUUUGAAUUGAUUCCUCUCUAAAUUGGAUGUAGAAGGUGGAUUUGCAACACACAAAAAAACAGGACAACACAAUGAUAACAGGUUCCCAUCGCCGGUGAUUAAUGACUGAGUUUGGCCUCCUAACAAAGAGUAUGUUGGAUAUGUUUUGGGAACACUGUUGAUGCUGUGCUGGUGGCAAAUGUCUGCAGUGAACAAAUUCCUAUUGACCCAAGGGUGGGAGGGAGCUGAUAUCACCACACAAGGGCGGUCAGAAUCACCAAGGAGGAACGGCUAAAGUCGAGGGAGUGAGAGAGAACAUUGCGAAAGUAUAACAGUGUUGACCUGCAGUGGGUGUGCUUGGGCAGUUUGGGCCUGAAAAGUGGAGUUUUAUGGGCUUUUAAUGGGACUGGAGGUUUGUUUGGACUAAAGGGUAGGAUGAAGGACACUGGAGUAGUGACAUGGUGAACAGAGAGUGCAGGUAAGACUGAUCUCUAAUAAGGAAUAAAGAGAUCAGUCGUGGGGAUGUCUGAGAAUCUGGGUGAUAAAGGGUACGGUCAGUAAGUGGAGGUUGGUGGGGCUGUUCUGCAAGCAGAUGGAUCACGGGAAGUUGAUAAAUGGAUAUAGAGGAUGUUGACGUUGAAAAGAAAGAAGGAAAGCAAAAGGCAAUCCCUUGCACUGCUCCUAAGAGCAUCCCAAUCCAGCAGGUGGGUGUGCAAGGUGUUAAGGCUGAGUCCUUAUAAUUUACGUGCCUUGUGGCAACUGGAACAUAAGUGGUGGGGGAAGCUCAUGUUUUUCUGUAUCUGUUUUAGAUGUGUGUGCAGCAGCAUGCAUCUUCUUUUAAUCACAGAGUAUUCAAUGUGUAGAUUUAACUCAGGGGAUUAAGUGGGCGUCAGUAAAAGUAGGAUUUCCGAUCCUCCCCUCCUUGAUGUUUAUGUAAUGGCCGGCAUUUGAGAAAAGUGACUUUGAAGUAGGCAGGUAGGGGGUCAUGUGACACAGGAUGAAAGAACUAGGCGUGUGCUUCUGCAGAUAGGCGCAGGAGUCCAGCCCAGGCCGUUUGGCCCCGGUGAUCUCUCCUCCCUCUCUUUGUCUCAUGAAAUAGUACACUUGAUUGCAAUAUUGCAGGAAGGAGUGUAAUAACAGGCCAGAAUAACACAUUUAUGUGUUCAGGUUAAAGGCCAUGAGAAUGUUUCCUGUGUUGAUCUUGCAAAGAGAUUUUCCACUUGCAUGGCGGGGAUUGUGAGUUUUGUGCUUUUUAUAGUCCAUCUUGCCCUCAGCCAGGCAUGCCCACGUAUUUCUGUGUUUAAUAGAGAUUAUGCAAUCUGGUUUACAUAGAAACUCUAGAAGUGCACUUUUAUUAGACAAUCAAACAGUGGAGAAUAAGAGAGUUAGGAUAUCACAGCAACACCCAGUUAUUGGAAUAAAUGUAACUAAACAACAUGCUUAGCAUAUUGCAGGUGUAUGCUAUGUGUUGGCAUUUUGUGCAUCUCUGCUAGUACUGCAUGAUGGUUUUCUGACCGGUACUGCAUUGCAAAAUAACUUCAUGUAGAUGUGUCAUGAUUAUAUGGGGACAUCUAUUGGAUAACUGCUGUAACUGCACCUUUUCUUCAGUCUUAAUUUCUUUUUUUUGCCUGUGCAAAGCUGUUCAGAAUUUAUGAAUAUAUGUGCUCUUUGUUUAAUUUCUGAUGUCUUUAUUUUUGGUAGGUUGUUAAAACCAAAGAGUUUGUAAAAAGAAUGCACACUAAUUUAAGGUGACAAGUUUUGCCUGGUGCAAGCAGUUAUGGGCCUCACCGCCUAGGGGGGCACAUGUGCAGGCUUAUUCCAAUACCGACCCAAGGUGAUUUUUAAUUACUCUUAAAACACUGGGUAUUGAGUAUAACUUACAUUUAACCUCCCUAGAAUUUUUUCACUGCAGGUAUAUGCCAUUAAGUCAUUAUGUUUGAGUACCUGCUAAGAGUGGUGUGUGCAGUUUGUCAGAAAAGCACCGCAAGUUGUAGACAACCGCCUUUGCUCGAAAUCUGCUAUAAGGGUAAAUAUAACUGCAGUACUGCGGCUUCAGAAUAUGAGACCCUCAAUCUAGAAAAGCUUGUACUUGGGCACUUUACUUCUGAAUUCAGGGACUGUCUUUUUGUGCUACUUUAUAAGACAUCUAUAUCCUAUAUAAUUAUAAUUAUACACAGUUACUUAGAGUUACAGUUGAAAAUAUUGAUGGUUAUUUUUUUUUUACACCGUCAUAGUAAAUGCUAAGAGUUUUUAUUUGUUCCUAAAACCUUAAGGAUUAUACCAACACAAUCUCCUCUUGAUCGAUUUUAGUCAUAUAAAAGUUAUACUGUGAAGGUCAGCGGACUAGGGGGGUUAGGAUUAAAAAAAAAUGUCUGGACGUUAAUAUACCAUUAAAACACUCAUAUUAUGCAUGCAUUAUAUCUACUAAUGCAUAUGCUGUAGAGCUGUUUAGGAAACACUUAGGCCAGUAUUGUCCAGAUAGGAAGAAAAUGUAGAAAUAUUAACAGAUUCACUAUAUUACUAUUGUUUGCCAAACGUGUCCAGGUUUUCUUCUUGCUAUGCACUACAGUUGUACUGGUGAAGAGAGAAUCCACUGUGACAGAAGCCGGAAGGUUUCAUCUUAGUUUCACACUGGGCCUAAAGAUGCGAUUUUUUUUUUCUCGCAGCUGGAGCGGAGAGUGGCCUCAGUUCAGGACGCGAGCUUCAGUGUGCGCAGUUUCCUUCAUGAAUAUUAACUAGUUUCUGGUACUGCUGACAUACGGAGAUGGUGAUGGUACAAGAAACGGUUUUUAAGGUUGGCUUGCAAGAAACAAGAAGUUAGCAACUCGAAAUUUGAGACGUUGCGGUUCCAUUUGUACUGUUAAUGCGAGU